AUGGAACAUGCAGAACGAACGGUUGGUGUUGUGUUCAGGGGCAUGAGGUUCAAGGAUCUGCUCGAGGUUCAGCACCUGAACAUUAGGAACUCCACAGAGAACUUCCUGCUGGGCACCUUUCUGAGCACCUUGUCAACGUCGUAUGGGACUUCUUUUGUUGCAGACCUUGGCGGAAAAAUCGUAGGAUAUUCUGAGGCUGUUGCCUUUGCGGACAGGGGCAGGGGCCAGAUCUACUCUAUCUGUGUGGAUGGAGCCUUCAGAAGGCGCGGGAUCGGAAGGAGGCUUAUUAAUCUUUCGGUGGAGUCCAUAAGAGCGGAGCUGGAGGGAAAAGAGGCGUGUGAGAUAGAUCUCCAUGUGCGAGCGUCCAAUGCUGAGGCCAUUGGCCUGUACAAGUCUGUCGGGUUUGUGGUUUGCGAGGCCAAUAUUCCCUACUACGAGUUUGGGGGAUUGGCACACAGGAUGAGUCUUACGCUUGGUGUAUGCGGCAAGAAGGCCCUGGAGUAG